GUAAAAAUGGCACGUCGAGGUGCAUACGGAUCCAGAGAUGGUGAAGAAGGCUACUACUCUGUAUCUGAGGAUGAAGCUUUGGAGGAUAACAGAGAUCACUUCCAGGAAGGUGAUGAUGAAGUUGUGUCUGAGGAGGGAGAUGAUCUCUUUGAGGAAGAGACGGGUUUCGUGGUUGGUCAGGACGAUUUAGAGCGUGAAACAGCUGGAUUUGCGAGGCUGGGUAUCGAUGUCGAUGCUUACGAUGAAUCACUGCUUGAUGAAGAAGAAUACGUUGAUGACCCUAGGGCGCGUAGAGCUGCUGAACGCCGUCUAAGAUACGAAGAGCAGCAGAGGCAAAUUGAGAGUCGUGGGCAUCAGCAACUAUGGCGUAAAAUCUUGAAAUAUGAUGAAGAAACGGCUGAAGAUGGUAUAUUUGAGCGUAUAGUACAACGUGUGGAGAGCAGGCGUAAACAGCUACAAAAGGGUGAUACUGACGCUCCUGACUUCACCAUGAUAGAUGGAGCUAAAACGAUAUUGCAGGCAGAUCCGUCAGCAAGUCACUUUGAUGACAAGUUCCAACAGGCUAUUGAUACCCUUUUUAGGUAUUUCAUUCACAGGUUCAAGUUAAAUGAGAAGGAUACUAAAUAUUAUUAUAUGGAUCGUAUCGAGAAAAUGAUACAGGACGAUGCUAGCAUUCUUAAAGUGUCUGUACCACACUUGAUGUCAUUUCAUUGUGAAAACAUAAUUCCAUGGUUGGAGUUCAAUCCUAUGGGCGUUCUGCCAGUGCUCAACGACUGCAUCAAUGUAGAGGCUCACCGGGAGCGCAACCGUUUAUACCGUGGUAGAUAUUGCAAAGUUGCUUUAAUUGAAUGGCCAUUUUCGACACAGCUUUGCAAUUUGCGUAGUCGUGAAAUGAACACGUUGGUAAAGAUCAGUGGUAUAGUUGUUCGCCGCGGUCUAGUGCUGCCAAAACUCAGGGUUCUCUACCUUAAAUGCAGCCUUUGUGACUCCGGUAUUGAUUUGCCGAUAUACUUCAGCGACCAGCAGAAACCGGUAUACCCGAAUAAGUGUUCAUUCUGUGGCUCUGCGGCUUUUAAUGUUGACCGUAUUAACACGGUGUAUGACGAUUACCAGAAGGUUACUAUUCAGGAGCCACCUCAAUCUGUUCAUGCAGGAAGGACUCCUAGGCAGCGCACUGUAAUAUUAUCUGGAGAUUUAGUGGAUACAUGCAGGCCUGGAGAUUUGAUACAGACAUUGGCCAUAUACAAAGGACGAUAUGACGUUGUUCUUAAUAUCAAGCACAACUUCCCCGUUCUUAAGACGGAGCUUGAGGCGAUAUCUGUAGAAGUAGAAACAAACCAGACAGUCCAGGAGGAUCUGACAGAUGAAGACAUCCAGCACAUUAAGAAGCUGUCUAAGGACCCAUGCAUUCGUGAACGGCUGAUAGCGUCCAUUGCUCCUGCCAUAUUCGGUCAGAAGGCUGCUAAAACUGCCAUUUGCUGUGCUUUAUUCGGUGGUGUUGGCAAGGGUUCUGGUGCCAAUAGGAGCGAGGCAGCUCCUGUUAAUGCGGGGUUGGCAGCGAUUAAUCCCGAAUCUUCUCACCGGAUUAGGGGUGAUAUUAACGUACUGUUGGUGGGUGACCCAGGUCUUGGUAAAUCGCAAUUUCUCACUUAUGUGCACAAAACGGCUCCUAGAAGUGUAUUAACAACUGGUAAAGGUGCGUCUGCUGUGGGUCUCACAGCGGGUUUGAGGCGUGACCCUGCUACUGGCGAAUGGGCUUUAGAAGGUGGUGCAUUGGUGUUAGCUGAUCUAGGGGUUUGCUGCAUUGAUGAGUUUGAUAAGAUGUCUAACAAGGAUCGUGUUUCAAUACACGAGGCUAUGGAACAGCAAUCUAUUUCCAUUUCCAAGGCCGGUAUUGUGACAUCUCUCAAGGCUAGGUGCUCCGUUAUUGCAGCAGCUAAUCCAAUUUAUGGUAGGUAUGAACCAUCGUUAACGUUUAAAGAGAACGUCGAUUUUUCCGAUCCCAUUUUAAGUCGUUUCGACCUUAUUAUUGUCAUGAAGGAUGUCCCCAAUACGCAUGAAGACUUGUUAUUGAGUGAGUAUGUCAUUACAAAUCACCAGUUGAUGCACCCGAAGAUUGAAAAUGUGGCCAACUAUCAGCAGGUAGUCCAAAAUCUGAAAAACAGGAUUAGCGCGUCCUCUGCCUGUGAACCUUUGUCUCAGAAGGAAUUCUCCAACUAUCUGAAAUAUGCUAAAGCCAACUGUGUACCUACACUUUCACCUGAAUUUUACCGCGUCAUAGAAGGUAAACUUGCUGGAUUCUACAGUUCAAUAAGGCAAAAGACAGCUUAUGGCGGAGGUUAUCCGUUAACAUUGCGUCACAUCGAGUCUGUUAUUCGUAUUGCUGAAGCUAAUGCUAAGAUGCGGUUAUCGAAUCAUUUGAACUCAAAUGACGUUGACAUGGCAAUUGCAACUCUUUUGGAAUCUUACAUUUCAUCGCAGAGACACUCUGUUGCCUGCAAGCUUGCGAAGGAGUACUCUCGCUAUCGCAUGUUGUUCGACGGUGACGACCAUGUGCUUGUACAGAUUUUGCGUAACACCAUUCAGGCACAAAUUGAGAGAAACGUGCGUCGUCGUGAUGCCAUGAACAUACAUCGCGGUGAAGAAGGUAUGGAUCUGGAAGACGUUGAGUUGGACGUCGAAGAGGACACGGCUGUCGAUAUUCCAAUAUUUAUACAAGUUGCUAAAGGUUUCAAGUUUGACCCCGAUCGUGUUACUCGGUGGCUGCAUUCGGCUUCAUUUAACGACUCAUUUAGCAUUAUCAAUCGCAACGGCAAGGAGAGCAUAAUUGUGAAAUCAUUUUAACUUGGUUUUCCAUUAAAAUCAUGUAUCGGUAGUUAUUGUGCAUAUCAUAG